UUUUUGCAGCAGUCUGUAGUAAAUUGUGAAAGUUACACUGGUGUAAAUUUCACGCUACGUGUCGCCGCCGCAGCAUCCCAGCAAGAAACGAAACGAAACACGUCGAAAAUAUUGCAGUAGAAAAGGAAGUUAAGGAAAAUGAAGUUGACUCUGAUUUUUGUGAGUGUAGUGUUAGCAGCUGUGAUCUGGACAGCACACUGUGAUGAUGAUGAUGAAAAGAAACCAAAGAAGCUUCAAAUUGGAAUAAAGAAGCGUGCAGAAAAAUGUGGUAUGAAAUCUCGUAAAGGAGAUACCCUUCAUAUGCAAUAUAGGGGAACAUUGCAUGAGACUGGUGAAGAAUUUGACAGCAGCUAUAGCAGGAAACAGCCGUUUGUUUUCACAUUGGGAACUGGACAAGUUAUCAAGGGCUGGGAUCAAGGUCUUCUAGGAAUGUGUGAGGGUGAGGAGAGGAAGCUAGUUGUGCCAGCAGAAAUGGGUUAUGGUGCCAGAGGUGCUCCACCUAAAAUUCCAGCUGAUGCAGCACUUGUUUUUGAAGUGAAACUGGAAACAAUAGAAAGACAUGGAGACUUGUAACAUAGAUUCAUGAUUAGAUUUAGUUCUGUAGUUAAUUACCUAUCACUAGUGCUUUAACUGAUAUCCCGGUACAACCCGUUUUUGGACAGCUAACGGUAUAUCGCUACGGUUUCGCUACGUGGAAAAUGUUCAACAAUUAUAAAUGCUGGAGUUUUGUUCAACAAUCAUUUAUCCUAAAAAAUACGCAAGUAAACAAACCUCAUCCCGCAGCAUGUUUUAGAUAUCCUUUCCAACAUGGCUGACCCACUUUUCCAUUAACCGGAAGUUGUACAACCCGUUUUCGGACACCUGCUUCAAAAUAUACUGCGCUCCAAAGUUUACGUCACAAAAAGUCAGAAACAGUUUAAACAAAUCUCGAACAUCAAAUGUAACUGUUAGUAACAAGAAAACUACCCAAAACGUAUUUACAAAGUAUUUUCAGUGUUAGUUUAUGGAGUUAGUUGGUGGGAUAAGCACAAAUGGGACACAGGAACGUGUCUCCUAUUCUGAUUACCCUCACUGUUACAUACAAAAUGAUAAUUGUACCCAUCCCUUAAAUAUUAUCAGCAUAAGGUCUAUAUGACCCCCUAGUGGGCACAUGAUUCUGAAAAGAAACAGAGCAAAAAAAACUUUUCUACUACUAUUUAAAAUUUUAUUAACCAAUUGAUUAAGAAAACCUCGUAAGGUACACUGGUCUAUAAGUGGUAGCUUUUUGUGUGAAGUAUACUUUUGCAAAAUUUGAUAGUGGGGGUGGAGCCUGUAAAAUAACCUAAUCUGUCGGACGACCAGAGCUUUCAACAUGAAAACAUUGGAUUUAUUUCUAAAAACACAUAUUUUGGACGUGAUAUUUUGGGAAUAGUGAAAAAAAAUAAAAAUGUAACAGUAUGUAAGUUUUUAUCAUUUGCUUACCCUUUUAAUUUCAAUUUUUCUUCAAAACUACCAGCAUGACAUUUGUAUGGUGUUUGUAAACAAAGCAUGCGUGUGGGAAACUGGAAGAGGCGUGUUUUCCAGGAAAACUAAAACAUUACCGGGGCCGGCCGAAUACGGGUUGUGUCCGAAAAUAGGUUGUCGCGGGAUAUUUUUUUAUUAUAAUACAUAGAUGUGCUUAAUUGUUUUCGUCUGUUUGUAAUCGUAUUUUUUUUUUAACUUUGUACAUUCUAGAAGAUUUGAAUUUUUGCAUUGGUGACUGUUUAUUCAAUUUAUUCUUUGUUAAAAAGGGUGCAUUGCUUUUAUGCAGUUGUUACACAAUUUACAUAAGCUUCAUAAUAUAUCUGUUCUUGAUUGUUAUUAUGUUCAAAUGACUUACAUUUUAUUGCUAGUUCAUCCUAUAUUAGAGAGAUCACAUUCGUUAACCUUUUGAUCAAAACAUUAUUCAUAAAAUUUCAUAAAAGUUCACAGUGCAAUUUAAUAUUUUGUUAUCAAAAAAAUUAUUAAGUACCGGCAUAUUUAUGUAUUUUCGACAUUAUUCUUUGAAACUUGUGUAGAUAUAUAAUUCUGUUUAAAUACAGUUAGUAGACUAUUGACUUUCAACAGUAAGAUAUAUAAGUGUGUUGCCACUACAGAAAAAGUAUCUAGCUACUUUCUUUUUGUGAAUACACAUGUCAGUAUAAUACACUACUGUCCUGAGUUUUUGGUCCUUCGUGUAAAUACAUUCUAGUCACUUUGAAACUUGCAUGCACUGUCAUAUCUUAUUGGCUCAUAAUUUGGGAUACUUUCAUAAAAUAAAGUUAGCAGAUUUGUUCACAAUUACAAUAUUCCAUAAACAGACUUACAUGUUUUUGCAUUUGUGUAGGAGAGCCAGCUCAGUAAUGAAAUCCAGAAUUGCUCUGUACUUAUUAGCCAUAAAAUAUUUUGUAUGCUUUUGGUUACAUGUACAUUUUCAUUUAUAAAUUUAUAAUUGAGUGGAUGUUACCUUUUUUAAAGGAAUUUUUGUAUGCCAUUAUCUAGAAAUGUUAUUCUUUAACUACAUAGAAAAUACACCAUUUUGUCUUUAGAAAUUUAUAUCUACAUUUAGAACUUUUCCUAUGCAUGCAGAAGUCUUCCUAUCUCUUAUCUUCUUUUUUUUUUUUGCUGACGAAAAAUGUUGACCAAAAGGCUCCAUCAGCACCAGUCAGGAAACUUGAGCUAGAAAAAUGUACACAUAAGAGUUACAUUCACAAAAAACGUGUCUUGUGUUCAGCCUAGAAAAAACAAGACUGAAUCAGAAAACUAUUUGUAUUAAAUUGUAUUACCAUCAUUUUGAAAUUGCUCAAAAGUUCCAAUCUAUAUCACAUGGAAGUCAUGUGACAUGAACAGUCAUUUCAGUUUUACAUUAGACCCAUCACUUCAUUUACUCAUAUAUGAUAGGAGCAAGCUGAACUAAGAUCUUAACAUUUUAUUUAUUUAUGUCAAAAGUCAGUAGUCUGGUUGAAUAUAUACAUGUGUGCUUUUUAAGUAAUCUGGAGUAAAGUGUUGUUGUAUGGUAUGUUAUUUCAGUAUAUUAAAUGUAUUUUUGGAUUAAAGCUUUCAGUUUCUCAUACUGUUUUUUCAAAGGCAAGUAUUACCCUAUAUGCUCAGCAGGGAAAGUUUUGAUAACAAAACCAUUCCAGUGUUCAAAGUUCAGUCAUUCGGUCUUCAUAUGGACCUAAAUAAUUUCUAACAUCGCUCAUUUUUGUAGAGCCUGCGUGCGGAAGCGAAGACAUAGUCCAAAUGGUUGUUCGGUGUAUGUGUGUUGGUGCGUCCAUUUGGAUUUGUUUAUUCAGACCAUAACUUUGACGUGCAUGGAGCAAUCUUUUAAUAUUUUGCAUGAAUGUUAACCUCUGUGAGACGGAGGGUAUCUGAACCCCAGGUCACAGUUAGAGGUCAAAGGUCAUGCCAGAUCUUGUCUGGCCCAUAACUUUGACACGCAUUGAGCAAUCUUGUUUAUAUUACACAUGAAUGUUUAACUCAAUGAGACGGAGUGUCGUGCAAACCACAGGUUCCUAUCUCAAAGAUCAAGGUUACCGUGCAUGGAUUGAUAUGUUGCCCAUGUGCAUCUAGUUUUCUGGAAGAUUUCAUUAGGAUUCAGAUUUAUUUUAAAUUUUAGUCUAUAAUAGUGAUUGUUUCUUAGCUUCAUGUCUAAUUAGUAUUGUGUACUUGGAAUGGAUAUUUUUUACAUAAUUGUUUUUACAUGGUAAUGUAAUUAUUGUUGUGUUGUUUUUGUGUUGUGUGUAAUGAAUGAAUGGUUGUAUUUUAUACUAUGUAUUGUUGAACUAAGAUAAACUAAAGUUAAAUAAGCCAAUUAUUGCAACUAUCUGAAAAUUAAUUGCAGGUAUUUGCAGCUUUACUGCCAUUAUUACAAUUAACUUACUAAAGAACUUUUGUUCAGGAACAUUUGAUGUCAAGAAGAAAAUACAUAUAGCACUUAAUCCCAUGUUAAUUUUACUUCAAUUGCUCAGUAAUUAAAACAUAUGAGUAAUGUAAACAAAUGUAACCUGUGCUAAUCUUAUGUUUUGAUAUUCAACCACAACUAACAGUGUUGUUUGUGAAGAUGUUAUUUUCAUAGAAUAUGGAAUAAAAACAUUGAA